UACACGAUUUUAUCGUUUCCGGAUUGUGACAAUACCUAGCGGAACAUUCUGAGUGACAUUUCUCAAAACUCAAUAAGAUGGCGGUUGCGUCCUCGAUGGAAUAUCCCUCUUCAAAAUGGUACUGAUGUUGAAUAGAAAUUAUGAACCUGAAUCCUUAAGAUCCAAGACAGAGGCAACAUCGUCCUAACUGCUCAAUGCUUCUCCGCCCAUUUGGAAUACUAUUUCUUGCCUCCCAUGUUGUUACAAUAAUCGUCCGCUAAAAUUGUCGGCUGAAAUCAUCUGCUGACGUCUGCAGUGUCAUGGAGGAAGCUUCAGAGUGAGGACCACAAGAAAUAAACGUAUGCGUAAGGAAUAAUUGCCGUCCAGUAACACCCUACUGCCGGAGCCUAUUAGCAUCGGUAGCUUCUGUUAAUCAUCCAAACUGAUUACCUCGUCAUUAGUAACUAUACUGACAAUUAAAACGCUGCUUUGUUUAGAGAUCAUGAAGUAAGCCAUGUGCCGAACUGACGCCGUUGGAACAAAACCGAAGGAAUCGCUGACGAUGCAAUGGAUGACGCUGUAAAUUCUGUACUUUUCAGCAAAUGUGAGUUAUAGCCAACCUUGAGUGUUCGAUAGCGCAUGACGACAUGUCUUCCUACAUGGAUCUGCAUUAUAUCAAAUGCCUACAGAAACCACCGGAAGAUCGAACCGCUAAGAACUUGGAAUACAUCUUUAAGUUCUUACACACUUUGGAAGCUUUAAGGUCUCUACGUGAAGCAGCUCUUCGAGAGAUAGCCAAGAACGUCCGUUAUAUGAAGAGAGACGCUAACGACAUCUUAUACUGUCGUGACGAUCGUAGUACAUGCUGGUACAUCCUACUUGCGGGAUCUGUCUUUAUUGACCAGCAUAUGUUCCUCCCUCGUAGUAGCUUUGGCAAGAGGACUUCCGGCUCUGGGAGAAGAGGAGCAGAUUGCUUGAUUCUGGAAACAUCAGAACUUCUUGUGAUUGACUACCCCGAUGCUCUACUAAUGAAACCUGGCCACCGCCAAUCAUACACCCCCACUAAUUUAGAACGCCUUAUGGCGUUAGAACAAGAGGAGAUCAAGGUGCCUGCCAUACGAGGGCGCUCUUUCAGCGAGGAUCGGUCAGGGUCCAUGAACGUCAACACAACUGUACUGCCAUCCAUCAAGUUGGAACGGACUCAGUCAUUGGACAGUCAAAAGAAACACUGCAAGAAGACCAUGGAGGAAUUACCGACGCUGCUGAGCGGGAUUGAAGGCUCCGGUGGUCGUCUUCCAGUCAUAGUGAGCUACAGUGAUCGUAGUUCCAUCCACAGUAGCAUGUCAAGUAGUUUCUCCGAUCUGUGCCAAGGAAGCAACAGUGAGAACCCAGACCUGGACCUGACGGGGCUGGUGGAGAGCACCGUGGACUCAGACGAUGAGGACACUGUCAGUGAAUCAGCAUCGACACUUGUUGUCCGAGAUCUUGUGCGAGAUUGCCUUGAAAAGGACCCCAUGGACAGAACAGAAGAUGACAUUGAAAUCUUGUUGGAUUUUAUGCGCCACCUACCAGCGUUUGCUAACAUGACAAUGUCAGUGCGUCGGGCGCUGUGUGCAGUCAUGGUGUUUGCUGUUGUAGCUAAAGCUGGGACAAUCGUCAUGAAGAAUGGAGAGGAGCUGGAUUCAUGGUCCGUGAUUCUCAACGGUCACGUUGAAGUGACUAAACCUGAUGAGAGCGUGGAUCAACUUCAUCUAGGAGACAGUUUUGGAGUGAAAGCGACCCUGGAGACACAGUUCCAUGUGGGUGUGAUGAGAACCACAAUAGACGAUUGCCAGUUUGUUUGUAUCGCUCAGGAUCAUUACUACAGGAUCUUAACGCAGGGUGAAGAGAAUAUACGCCGGAUUGAAGAGAAUGGCAUGACAGUCAUGGUUACAGAACACAGGGUACUAGACGACAGGAGACAGGGACAUAUCUUAAUUAAGGGUACACCAGAGAGACUUAUUUCCAAUCUCAUGGAGGACCACUCCCCUGUUGACCCAACGUACGUUGAAGAUUUCCUCUUGAGUUACCGUUCCUAUCUACCAAGCCCUCAUCAAGUAUGUGACAGUCUCUUGCACUGGUUCCAAGAUGUCAACCUUCGAGAUAAGGUUAUACGAGUGUUACUUCUAUGGGUUAAUAAUUACUACAGCGACUUUGAGAAAUCACCAGAUAUGAUCGAAUUCCUGGAGACAUUUGAAGACUGUUUAGAAAAAGAGGCAAUGACAGGACAGUUACGGUUACUUCACAUAGCAGGAGCAGCAAGGGCUAAAAGGAGGACAGUAGUUCUGGCGCGGUCGGAUCGAGACUCAAAGCUUUCCUUCUCAAUCGUCGGCGGUUGGGAGAAGAAAAUGGGCAUCUUCAUCUCCAAGGUAGAGAGGGGCUCCAAGGCGCAGAUAGUCGGCCUUCGUAAGGGCGACCAGCUUCUUGAAGUAAAUGGGUUCAGCUUUGAGCACGUCACACGUUCAAAAGCCUUGGAGAUUCUUAAAGGGACUACUCAUCUCAGUAUUACCGUCAAGUACAACACACUCGCUUUUCGAGACCUAAUUGCAUCUCAGGACGGCCGUACUAACUGGGGCCGUCUACCGAGCACCGAGAUCCAACUCCUCCAAGCCGACCCCCGGGCGAGGCUAACCAUCCCCGACCUCGCCCUGACCACGCCCUUCUCUGGGAUGUCACCAGAGAUCAAGGAGAAGACGAAACAUGAGAAGCGAGGAGGGUUUGCGACGUUGGGACACAAGACCAAACUCAGAAAGGCCAUGGCUAAACUCAGUAUUCUACCAAAUAAAACAGCAGCAAGGACGCAAGAUGAUUCAUCGACUCUCAUGAGAUAUUCCAAGUCUGGCAGUAUCAGCGGUAGCACGCCGUACUUAAGCAACAGCAACCCCGAUCUGACAUCCAUCGCGGCGAUCCCCAUGUACGAGUCAUCGACGUACGUCGGUGGAAACGACUACCCUGAGCACGUCUUGAAGAUCUACAGGGCGGAUCAGUCUUGCAAGUACUUCCUGGUGCAUAAAGAGACAACUGCCCUAGAAGUAGUGAUGCUAGCCAUGAGAGAGUACGGUCUAACAGACGCAGCCAACUCCGGAACUUACUCCCUCUGUGAGGUAACCGUUGCCCCUGGUGGUAUGGUCAAACAGAGAAGGCUGCCAGAUCAUCAGAGCGACAUUGCAAGCCGUCUUAGUCUUUGCGGGAGGUUAUUCCUUAGGAACAACAUGGCCUCUGAGACACUCAUGCCGGAUGAGGUCGCUGUGGAGUUACUGAAAGAUAGCCAAGUGACCUUCCUGCAGUUAGAUUCCACCGAAGUCUCAUCCCAACUCACUCUGAGCGACUACAAUAUUUUCCAAGCCAUCGAGUCGACAGAUUACAUCGAAGACCUCUUCCACCUUAAAUCAACUGAGAAAAAUAACAGACUACAACUCUUUGAAGAGCUUGUCAACAAGGAGCUGUUCUGGGUGAUAACAGAAGUCUGCAAUGAAGUCAACCUCGUCAAGCGAGCUAAAAUUUUAAAACAGUUCGUCAAGAUCGCAAGACACUGUAAGGACUGUAAGAACUUCAACUCCCUGUUUGCAAUCAUCAGCGGUCUCGGUCACGGCUGUGUCUCACGACUCAGGAGUACCUGGGACAAAGUACCGGCUAAGUACGUCAAGAUGUUUGAGGAUUUACAGGAUCUGAUGGAUCCCUCUAGGAAUAUGUCAAAGUAUCGGAACUUGGUCAGCUCGGAGCAGGUUCAACCUCCAAUGAUUCCGUUUGUUCCAGUCGUUAAGAAGGACUUGACCUUCAUACACCUCGGUAACGACUCCAAAGUAGAAGGGCUGAUCAACUUUGAGAAAUUAAGAAUGAUUUCGAGAGAAGUGAGGUACAUUGUCAGCAUGGCCAACGCUGCCUAUGACCCUAAACAACUCCUCAGCGCUAAGUCGAGUGCUGGUUCAGGGUCUCCAUUGAUUGGUUCCAGCUUAGCAUCAGUCAUAGCUCCUGGAAUGAGCACGUUACCAAGGAAACGUAGCCAAGGACGACGUAGCUCGGCCGUCAUCAACCCCAAAAAGAUGUGGGAAGAGGCCCAGAUGACUCGCCGUGUGAAGCAGUACCUCAUUAGUCUCAAUGUAGUUGAUGACGAAGAUGAACUCCGAGAUCUGUCACUGAAAUGUGAACCAAUAGCAAACACAGCCAUUCUGCGGAUUACCGGUGGGGGGUCAAUGAAUUCCGGAACAUUGCGUCGUAGCUCUCAGACCAGUCAGAGUGGAAGUACAUCAACGUUAGCGCCCCCAGCAACGACCUACAACAAACAAGAAGAAGAAAUCAAGAAGAUCAUCUACAAAGAUGCUCCUAAGACAUCUUUUGGUGCAACAUCCCCCAAGAAUCUUCGCAAGUUAUUAUCGCUCUCCGAAGAAGGCGAAGGUAGAAUGAAAGUCACAAAAGUUCAGAAGCCUUCUCAGCAUAAAGGACCUCCUUCCGUAGGUCACUCCAAAGUCGUUCCAUCAUCCCCGACGUCAAACUCCCUCAGCAGGUCACGGAAAGUUGCUUGUGCCGUUAGAGGGGCUUCAAACAGCAGCACCACAUCAUCAGCUGACGUUGAUGGGAGUCGUAAGCUCAGCCCGCAGCGUAGUGAUAGUGGCUAUGGUGGUAGUGAUGCUGGUGUGCCUAUGAGACAUGAUCAUAAACCUAAGCACAGACAUGCUGGUCAACCGCAAAGCAUGAGUGGCGUUUACGACAGCUCAGAUUCCAGUCAGAGUUGUCUAUCGUCAAACUACGACACUCAGAGCAACUCAUCCUUUGGUUCAUCCUCACCACCAACGAGGGAUCAUCAGUUCACUAACGAUUUACCUGGAGCCCCUUUGCACAGCCAGAGAAAACAUCCAAAUAGGUGGGCUGCCCAUGACGAGCGAUCCGCCUACCCCGACAGGCCCCGCCCACCACCCGACUACCAUGUAGUUACCAAGGGAACACCUCCAAAAGGCACAGCUGGACGGUCAUAUUCCCAGUCUUCUUCUGCUCCUCCUGAAGUGUCAGAAAGAAAGCCACCAGACUAUGCUGUGGCGACAGCACGAAAAAAAGUGUUAAGCAGCUCCCAGUCUGAGGCAUGUGAUUUCUACGAUUCAGAUAAUGAACAAGUGUCUGUGGUAUGACUAGGCACGGUAAACUCCCCAUAAACUUCAAGAGGAACUGGUAAACUAUUUAAGCAGUGUGGUUUACCAUAAACCAAUGGACCAGUGUGGUUUACCAUAAACCAAUGGACCAGUGUGGUUUACCAUAAACCAAUGGACCAGUGUGGUUUACCAUAAACCAAUGGACCAGUGUGGUUUACCAUAAACCAAUGGACCAGUGUGGUUUACCAUAAACCAAUGGACCAGUGUGGUUUACCAUAAACCAAUGGACCAGUGUGGUAAAACUACAAGAGCGUACUGAUAAACCGUUAAAGCAGAGUGGUAAAAAUACUAGAGCAAACUGAUUAACUUUUUAAGCAGUGUGAUAAACUGCAAGAGCAAACUGAUAAAUCAUUUAACCAGUCUGGUAAACUAAAAGAGUGACUUAAGAACCGUUUAACCAGUGUGGUAAAACUACAAGAGUGACUGAUAAACUUAAGCAGUGUGAUAAACUGCAAGAGCAAACUGAUAAACCGUUUAAGCAGUCUGGUAGACUACAAGAGCGUACUGUUAAAAACUGUUUGGUAAACUUCAAGAGGUUUGUUAUAAGCUUCCAAGGAGCUCUUGGGAUAACUGGUAAACUAUCUGAAGUACAAGAUGAAGUUCACAAGGGCUGCUAUUAAUCGGUGAAGAACUCAGAUUACCAGGGAAAAUUUUAUUAAACAGCUAAUCGGCAUUAAACCACAACAAGUUCCUUGAAAAGUGUGAAGUAAACCGGAUGUUUCCAAAACUGUUUUGUAUGAUGGUGGGUGUAAUGAAGGCUGUCCAAGCAGUGAGGCUGGUACCAUGGAACAGUAAACACAAGUUGCACUUCACAGUACAAAGUCCAGGAACUAGACAGAUGAAAGUGGCUGCAGAGCAAUAUGGCGGAGUGUGAACAAUGAUUGUAUAUAUUCUGUGGAUGCAAUGUACCAGACGAUUAGUGUGUGAUUUGAUUCAGAAGGACCACUGAUGAACAGGUUGUGUGUGACCAGACUGAUCCAUGUACAGAAACGCAUCAUCCUUCUUAGCAAGAGUAUCUCGUUGAGAAAUUCUAUCUUCCAAGGAAGUUCUUAAUCUACCAAGCCAAUUCAUACCUUAGUUUACAUGAUCUUGAUGUUAGCAGUUACCACAUAACAAAACAUGCUUAGCAUUCUCAUUAGAUUCCGUAAAGCCAAACCAACCCAACAAAGCUGUGGAUAUGGCUUCACUGAGCGGUUGCCAAGCGUGUUGCUAUGGGCAUCCUAUGCUGCAAUACAUGUUGGCAUGACGAUCAAGCUGUAGCCACAGCCGCUGAUUCAGACCCUGGCCUCAUUUUCAUUUGAAUUCUGGUGGUUUCAGAAAUCUUAUGUCGGGUUUCGCAAAGCACCUUUUACCUUUUUUAAUGUUAGCCUGAAACAACUUCCAGUCUGUGGGUUGACCAGUAGUGGACAAUAAAUCUCAAAUGAAUGCAAAUUGUUUUUUGAAAGUGCUGAUUUUAAGGAUGUAUCUGUAGCGAACCUUUUGUAAUAGGUCUUAUUCAGUAUUUAAUGUGAUGCCAACCACAUCCUUUGAACCCAUUGUAAUCGGCAGAUGGGUUGCUUCACCCUCAAUAAACAUUAAAGCAGAUUGACAAAUCUUUUGAAAAGUCUUUUGCAAAUUGUUCAUGAACAAUUUACCCAGAGAAAUCUCAUUUGACUUUUGUCUCAAAAUAAAAAACAGAACUUGCC